AUGGUUGAGGCGGCAGCUGUAGUGGCAGAGGAGGAGCAUGACGCGGCGGUGCGGGAGUACGACGACGUCCGCGACCGCAGCGGCGUGGAGGAGGUGGAGCGGGAGUGCGAGGUGGGGUCCAGUGGCGGCGGCGGCGGCGAGAUGUGCCUCUUCACGGACCUCCUCGGCGACCCGCUCUGCCGCAUUCGCAACUCGCCGGACUUCCUCAUGCUGGUCGCGGAGACAGCAACCGGCAGCGGCGGCGGCGGCGGCGCGGAGAUAAUCGGCCUCGUCCGCGGCUGCGUCAAGUCCGUCGUCUCCGGCGGCUCCCACUCCAAGGACCCCAUCUACACCAAGGUCGCCUACAUCCUCGGCCUCCGCGUCUCACCCAAUCAUCGGAGGAAAGGGGUGGGGAGGAAGCUCGUGGAGAGGAUGGAGCAAUGGUUCCGGCAGAAGGGCGCGGAGUACUCGUACAUGGCGACGGAGCAGGACAACGAGGCCUCCGUGCGCCUCUUCACCUCCCGCUGCGGCUACUCCAAGUUCCGCGCGCCGUCGUUGCUCGUGCACCCGGUGUUCCGCCACGCCCUCAAGCCCUCGCGCCGCGCGUCCAUCGUGCGCCUCGAGCCCCGCGACGCCGAGCGCCUCUAUCGCUGGCACUUUGCCGCCGUCGAGUUCUUCCCCGCCGACAUAGACGCCGUGCUGUCCAACGCCCUGUCGCUCGGCACGUUCCUGGCACUGCCGGCGGGCACGAGUUGGGACGGGGACGUCGAGGCGUUCCUGGCCGCGCCGCCGGCUUCGUGGGCGGUGCUGAGCGUGUGGAACUGCAUGGACGCCUUCCGCCUCGAGGUACGUGGCGCACCCCGCCUGAUGCGCGCCGCGGCCGGCGCAACGCGGCUGGUGGACCGAGCGGCGCCGUGGCUCAGGAUACCCUCCAUCCCGAACCUCUUCGCGCCGUUCGGGCUCUACUUCCUCUACGGCCUGGGCGGCGCCGGGCCGGAGGCGCCGCGGCUGGUGCGCGCGCUGUGCCGGCACGCGCACAACAUGGCCCGACGCGGCGGGUGCGGCGUGGUGGCCACCGAGGUCGCCGCCCUCGAGCCCGUCCGCGCCGGGGUGCCGCACUGGGCGCGCCUCGGCGCCGAGGACCUCUGGUGCAUCAAGCGGCUCGCCGACGGCUACAACCACGGGCUGCUCGGCGACUGGACGAAGGCGCCGCCCGGGAGCUCCAUCUUCGUCGACCGGCCUGCUCCUUCCAGAGCACUGUGCCGUGCCAGUGUUCCCUCCCGAACCUUCUGA